UGCUGUGGGCAUGCGUGGGGUUGGCUUAAUGAAAAGGUUACCUGCACUGGAAGGACUUCAGCUUAGCAAAGGCAGAGGGAGAAGACUGGGCAAGAUGUCCCCUUCCCAAGUCAAGGCUGGUGGCCUUGUACAAGCAGCUGCUGGAACCACUGAGUGGACAUCACUUGCCAGCCCUUGAAUCAUUGCCCACUGGAGCCAGCAGUUCCUGGGACCUGCCUGCAGUUCUGAAGGAGGCCCGUUCAGAAGCAUCGGCAAGGACAGUGCUGUGGGUGCCCGUGGCCAGAGUCUGGGCCCAGCAGAUGCUGGGUUAGCCCCUGAGCAGGGCAAGGAGGCCCCAUAACCCAAACUGUGCUGCACACAGCUCCCAUGCACCUGCCCGGGCCUCGGUAAAGCCUUUGCCUUCCGGGCUUCCCACAUGUGACUUCUGCUCCGGGAUUGUGUGUUCCCAGUGCCAGAGGGCCCCCACACCAUGGCCAGCAACAGCAGCUCCUGUCCCACCCCUGGGGGCGGGCACCUCAAUGGGUACCCUAUGCCCCACUACGCCUUCUUCUUCCCGCACAUGAUUGGUGGGCUCUCACCGCCAGGCGCGCUGGCAGGCAUCCAGCACCAGCUCCCUGUGAGUGGAUACAGCACCCCCUCGCCAGCCACCAUAGAGACGCAGAGCACCAGCUCUGAAGAGAUCGUCCCCAGCCCCCCAUCUCCGCCCCCGCUGCCUCGGGUCUACAAGCCCUGCUUCGUGUGCCAGGACAAGUCCUCGGGCUACCACUAUGGGGUGAGCGCCUGCGAAGGCUGCAAGGGCUUCUUCCGCCGGAGCAUCCAGAAGAACAUGGUGUACACAUGCCACCGGGACAAGAACUGUAUCAUCAACAAGGUGACACGCAACCGCUGCCAGUACUGCCGCCUCCAGAAGUGCUUCGAAGUGGGCAUGUCCAAGGAGUCACUGCUGACCCCACCUGCCUUCUGCUGUCCCCACACAGCUGUCCGGAAUGACAGGAACAAGAAGAAGAAGGACACGCCUAAGCCGGAGAGUUCGGAGAGCUAUGUGGUCACGCCUGAGGUGGAGAACCUCAUUGAGAAGGUGCGCAAGGCCCACCAGGAUACCUUCCCCGCCCUGUGCCAGCUGGGCAAAUACACUACGAAUAACAGCUCGGAUCAGCGGGUCUCACUGGACAUCGACUUGUGGGACAAAUUCAGUGAGCUGUCCACCAAGUGCAUCAUCAAGACAGUGGAGUUCGCCAAGCAGCUCCCCGGCUUCACCACGCUCACCAUUGCCGACCAAAUCACCCUCCUCAAAGCUGCCUGCCUAGACAUCCUGAUCCUGCGGAUCUGCACGCGCUACACGCCGGAGCAGGACACCAUGACCUUCUCAGAUGGGCUGACCCUGAACCGCACCCAGAUGCACAAUGCUGGCUUCGGGCCCCUCACCGACCUGGUCUUCGCCUUUGCCAACCAGCUGCUCCCGCUGGAGAUGGAUGAUGCUGAGACAGGGCUGCUCAGUGCCAUCUGCCUCAUCUGUGGAGAUCGUCAGGACCUGGAGCAGCCGGACAGGGUGGACAAGCUGCAGGAGCCACUGCUGGAGGCACUCAAGGUUUAUGUGAGGAAGAGGCGGCCCAGCAAGCCCCACAUGUUCCCCAAGAUGCUGAUGAAGAUCACAGACCUGCGCAGCAUUAGCGCCAAGGGUGCGGAGCGGGUGAUCACACUGAAGAUGGAGAUCCCUGGCUCCAUGCCGCCCCUCAUCCAGGAGAUGCUGGAAAACUCGGAGGGCAUGGACACACUGGGUGGGCAGCCGGGUGCUUCCCGCAUGGGCAGCCUGGCCCCACCCCCUGGCAGCUGCAGCCCCAGCCUGUCGCCCAGUUCCAACAGAAGCAGCCCGGCCACCCACUCGCCCUGAUGCUGGGGCUGAUGCUGGGACCAGGACGCCACCAGUGCUCUCUGCCCCCAGGACAGACGGAUGGACGGACAGACACGCAGCCCUCGGAAACCGCUGGGCGAGCAGUGUUCCCCCUCCUGCUGUGCCGUGGGGCCCUGGCCCCAGCUCCUUUCUGUCUGUACCAGCACACACAAUGUCCAUGGCUUCAAGCAACCCUGGGCUCCGGGGUUCUGUGCCUGACUUGGGAUGAACUCCGCAGCAGAGUCUGAACUGCAUAACUCGGGCCGGCCCUCACAGACCAGCUCCCGCCUCUGUGAAGGCGGGGAGGGGAGCAGCAGGGGGUUCUGCUCUCGCUCUCUCCGUGGGGGAAGUGGGACACUCGCUCUGAGCAGUGUCCGUCGAUACAGGACUGAAGUUCACCAGGAUGGAGCAGAAACACCUGUAAACUGUUCAACAGCAACCGUUGCAGCCAGCCAGCACCCCCUCCUCAGGCCAGCGCUCCAUUCCCCCCUUCCCCACCGCUCACGCUCACUCGCACCCUCUCCCACCCCUCACAGCACCCUGAUCCUCAGUUGGGGAGGGAAACCGUGUGCCCUCCUGGCCCUGCCUUGGUGGUGAUGGUGGUGGGGACACUGCACCGACGUGAAGAUGAAGUGUUUUUUUUUUUUUUUUUUUUUUUUGGUAUUUUUUUGGUGGUGUUACAUUUCAGAUGUUUUGGGGGUGGGGGAGGGGCAGGGAGGGCAUUUUGGGGGGUCAUUUUCGUUUCUGUUCUUUUUUCUUUUUUUAAAUUUUCAUAACGAUCAAAAAAAAAAAAUCCUUUUUGUCCUCGUCAGCU